CAAAAUAAAAGCCCCGGCCCGUUGCAGGGGCUGGAGCAACAACGCACGCACAACAACGCUAGCUCAGCGAUCGAUCGAACCCCGGCCCAUCUAGCUGCUGCUCGCUUGCUUCGCCGAUCGACGAUGCGGCAGCCCACGAUGCUCGCCGCCGUCCUGUGGUCGCUGGCGGCGGCGCUCCUCGCGGAGGCCAAGGUGCACCACCACACCUGGGACAUCGCCUACCACCGCAAGUCCCUCGACUGCUUCGAGAAGCUUGCCGUGACCGUCAACGGCGAGGCGCCCGGCCCAACCAUCCGCGCCACGCAGGGCGACACCGUCGUGGUCACCGUGCGCAACAAGCUCGAGACAGAGAACACGGGCAUCCACUGGCACGGCAUCCGCCAGCGGGGCUCGCCGUGGGCCGACGGCACCGUCGGCGUCACGCAGUGCCCCAUCCUCCCCGGCGAGACCUUCACCUACAGAUUCGUCGUCGACAGGCCGGGCACGUACUUGUACCAUGCGCACUACGGGAUGCAGCGCGUCGCCGGGCUCGACGGCAUGCUCGUGGUGUCCGUGCCAGACGGCGUCAUCGAGCCCUUCGCUUACGACGAAGAGCACACCGUCCUCCUCAUGGACUGGUGGCACAAGAGCGUCUACGAGCAGGCCGUCGGGCUCGCGUCCGACCCGCUCGAGUUCGUCGGCGAGCCGCAGUCCCUGCUGAUCAACGGCCGAGGGAUGUUCGUCAACAGCUCGAUCCCGCCGGCGGACUGCGCCUUGCCGCCGGCGCUGUUCACCGCCGUGCCGGGGAGGACCUACCGCCUCCGCGUCGGCAGCCUCACGUCGCUCUCGUCGCUCAACUUCGAGAUCGAGGGCCACUCGAUGACGGUGGUGGAGGCCGACGGCCACUACGUGCGCCCGGUCGUGGUGCGCAGCCUCUUCAUCUACUCCGGCGAGACGUACUCCGUCCUGGUCACGGCCGACCAGGACCCGUCCCGGAACUACUGGGCCGCGUCCCACGUCGUCGGCCGCAAGCGCGAGACUCCCAGCGCCAUGUCAGUCCUAAGCUACGCCGGGAACGACCCGCGGGCGCCGCCGCCGACGCCGCGGCCGGCAGGCCCCGCGUGGGACGACGCGGCGCCCAGGGUGGAGCAGAGCAGGUCCGUCGCCGUGGCGCACCCGGACCACGCCCUGCCCGUGCCGCCGCGCCCCGACCGCACGCUCCUCCUCCUCAACGCCAACACCAGGAUCGACGGCCACGUGCGGUGGGCCAUCAAUGGCGUGUCGCUACGGUUCCCGGCGACGCCGUACCUCGUCUCCAUGAACCGCGGCCUACGGGCCGCCUACGACCAGCGUCCCCCGGCGGACGCGUACGACCACAGGAGCUACGACGUCGGCUCCGCGGCCGCCGCGGCGGCGGCGGGCGGAACGGUGGCGAGCGCGGCGUACCGGCUGGCCCUGGGGUCGGUGGUGGACGUGGUGCUGCAGAACGCGGUGGCGCUCAACAACCGGAGCGAGACGCACCCGUGGCACCUCCACGGACACGACUUCUGGGUGCUCGGGUACGGCGAGGGCAGGUUCGAGCCGGGGAGGGACGAGGCCGGGUUCAACCUGAGGGACCCGGUGAUGAAGAACACGGUGGCGCUGCACCCCAUGGGGUGGACGGCGGUGAGGUUCGUGGCGGACAACCCCGGGGUGUGGCUGUUCCACUGCCACAUCGAGGCGCACGUGUACAUGGGCAUGGGGGUGGUGUUUGAGGAGGGCGUCCACAAGGUCGGCCGCUUGCCCAGCUCCAUCAUGGGAUGCGGACGAUCCAGGGGCCUCAACUGAGGACGCCAUUCCUUCACGACGAGCUCCUGUGUUUUUUAUCCUGACUAUCGGAGAUGUACGGGCUA